AUGCCAAAUAAUUAUUUAUUUCUAUUUUCUACAUUUAUUAAGAUUAUUUCUCAACAAGGCGAUAAUAAAGAACUACUUCGGGUUGAUUUAUCUUUAUUUAAUUAUCCUGAAGGAUUUGAAAAAUCUAUUGAUACUUUUGAUUGUGAUGUUAAAGUUCAAUUUGCUAAAGCAAAUAUUAUUUUUCUAUUUAAACAUAUCGAUGCAAUUUUGGGUUUUCUUGAUUCAUUAAAUAUAAUCAAAGCAGCACUUAUUAUAGCAUCAACACAAGCUGAUGCAGCUUUUGAACAAGAGCAAGCAUUUAAAGUUCAUCUUGAUAUAGCGUUUAAUGCGCAAAAGAUUAUUAUUUCAACAAAUUCAUAUUCUGAUCAAGCACUUUUUCUUGAUUUAGGUAAAUUAAUAUUAAAAACAACUUUUCAUGAUGAUCCAAAAAGAUGUCUUGUUGAACGACAAAAUGUUCGUUUGAAAAAUAUUCUUGCUAGUCGUGUUAAAUUCGAUCGAGACUGUAACAUCAUUGGUGAAGCUACUUUACUCGAAUGUACUGAAUUAAAUACAUUAAUUAAUCGUUUACUUUAUCCAGAAAAAGUUAAAGCUGAACCCGCAGUUUCAAUUAAGGUUGACUGGAAAUUAGUUCAUUUUCGAUUAGCAAAAGAUGGUUAUUCAUGUGUUAUGAGAAUUUUAAUGGAAAAUUUUUCGGAAAAUAUUCGUUAUCAAAUACCUGAAGAGUUCCAUACUGAUGAAAUAUUACCAACACUUAGGCUUCGAGCGGAAAUAAAAAAAUUGGCAUUGAAACUUUAUUUUGGAGGAUCCGAUUUGAGUGUUCGUCGUGAACCACGCAAUGCUAAUUUAAAAUUAGCCAAUGUUCAAAUUGAAAUACUUGAAGCAUUGUUUCGUCAAAAUUCUGAUGGAAGUUAUAAAGCAACAGCAAAUGUAAAAAAUUUCUUACUUGAUGAUUUACGUGAAACAAAUAAAUCAACAAGUGUAACACGUAUGAUGAAUAGACAUUUUACAGUGGAUCCUAAUACUCAUAUGUUUGUUGCAUCAUUUGACUUCAAACCAAAAAAUCAAUCACGUCCAACAGCAUUUCGACAAUUGACUGCCCAACUCGAAAGUCUUUAUAUUUGUAUAAGUUUGGAUUAUUUAAUGACAUUACAAGACUUUUUCAUCUCUGGUUUACCAUCGGCUAAUGUUGAAACACAACAAAAAGCUGAACAACCAUCAAUAACAACAACCGAUCAAUCAGAAAAUGAUCAAAAUCGAUAG